GUGCGCGGCGGCGUGUCUGAUCCCUUACGCCCGAGGACUAAAUCAGCUGCGAUGGAGAACGCGGGGACAAUGCCGCAAGGAAUUGCGGGGCGUAAGAGGAUCCCCAACCGGGAAAGGCCCACGGCCGAGGAUGAAGCCCUCAACCUGAUAGCUCGCGAGGGUGAAGCAAGACUUGCGGCAAAGCGUGCAGCACGAGCUGAAGCACGGGAAAUUAGGAUGAAAGAACUUGAGAAGCAACAAAAGGAGAUCUAUCAAGUUCAAAAGAAAUACUACGGUCUGUGUACAAAGUUUUCUGACAUCGAACAGUGGAUGGAAGACAGUGAGCAUUAUUCCCAUAAAUCCAGAAAUGCCUCGGUUUCAGAUGAAGAUGAUCAUGUUUCCGUGCAUAGCCGUGGAAGCUUAAGGGUUGAAGAAAGGUCUGAAAAAGACUUUGAGAAGGGAAUCCGAAGUGCAUCAAGCUUGUCAGCAGCUACCGUAGCCUCCCUAGGUGGAACCUCUUCUCGCCGAGGCAGUGGGGAUACUUCUAUCUCAAUUGAUACAGAAGCAUCUAUUAGAGAAAUUAAGAAUAUCAGUGAAUUAAAGGAUGAAAUUGAGAAUGUAGAAGCAAAAUACAUGCAGGGGUUGAAACAAAUGAAGGACUCUUCAGCUGAAGUUGAAGAAAAAUAUAAGAAAGCUAUGGUUUCAAAUGCUCAAUUGGAUAAUGAGAAAACAAAUUUUAUGUACCAAGUAGAAACGCUACAGGAUGCAUUAUUGGAACUAGAAGAGCAGCUUGCAGAAUCUAAGAGGCAAUUUGAAGAGAAAAGCAAAGAUUUUGAGAGAGAGAAACAUGCUCAUUCUAUAUUGCAAUUCCAAUUCACGGAACUUAAAGAGGCUCUGAAACAAAAAGAAGAACUACUUGCUGAAAUCCGACAACUGCAACAAAAACAAGAGGGUUUUGUCAGGGAAAUAACUGAUCUUCAAGAGACAGUAGAAUGGAAAGAAAAAAAAAUAGGGGCAUUAGAAAGGCAGAAAGUUUUCUUUGAUUCCCUAAGAAGUGAGCGAGAUGAUCUUAGAGAGGAGGUGAUUUUGCUGAAGGAACAAUUGAAGCAAUAUGGAAUAAUCACCAAUUUAGAAGUAGCUACCAAUGGAGAAAUCUCUGAACGUGUUACUAAGGAUGGACUAUCAAAUUCUUCCAAUGUUGUUUCAGAGACAAGUCAUGUCAUUAAAUCUGAGGAUUGUACAGAAGGCAGAGCAAAUGAAGUGGAGAUGGAAAAUGAGAUUUUGGAGAAUAUGGGGAAAAGAGAAAUGUUGCAGAAUACUGAGCAUGAGGAAAACACAGAGGACACUAAGGAUCAGGAAAUCAAUCUCAAGUGUUUGGAAAUAAAGACAUUGCCUGCUGAUGAAAACAUAGAGACUAAUAAAGUCACUGAAGCCAAAAUUACAUCAACAUUGAAAUUGAAUAGUGGUCUUGAGGAUCCUGUAAAAAGUUACUCAGAAUGUAUCCCAGAAAUUGUUGAUUCCCUUGAAAAAAGAUAUUCAGAUGAAUUAAAGGUUGAAGGGGCUUCACCAAGUCAUAUUUUAGAAGAGAAAUUGUCUGAUAGAGAUAUAAAUGUAACUCAUAAUCAAAAUAAUAUGACAGAUCCAAGUAUUGAAAUUAAUCAGGAAAUACAUGCCAAUUUAGAAAUAGUUCCACAACAGCAAAAUAAAGAAAAACAAACAGAUAUUGUAGUUGACGAGUCAGAAGGGAAUAGUGAAGUGUUUUGGGAAGCUUUAGAUUUUAUAAAUAGUGGCCACAUGGCAAUUUCUACUUCACCAGAAUUGGUAGAUGUUGUCCUUAUGAAAGCCUCCAGUAUUGAUCUUAACAGUGAACAAUCAAAAAAUGGGGUUGUUGAGAGAGAUUUAAACAGAGAAUGUUUUAAAAAUGAACAAAAUCCUAACAUAAAUGUUGUAACAAAAGGGCCAAAAAUAGAAAUGUGUGAAACAAAUGAAGAGAAUGAGGCACAAAGUACGAUGUUGCAACAGGAGGACCAAGUAGUAGAUUCUGAAGAAGAACAAAAAAGAACAUGUAUUAUGAAAGUUACUUUGAAUGAGUUUGGAGAGGAACAAGAUCAACUUAAAGUUGAAGAAAUCCAAUCACCACCUUCAAAACAUGAUGCAGUUGCUGACAAACAAAAUGAGCAAGAGUUAGGAGCAAAUAAAGAAAAUGUUGAGGACACGAAGGCAUUAAAUGCUUAUUUAGAUUUUGAGGGAAAGAAUAAUGAAUGUAUUGCGGAAGAUGUUCAUGCAGAACAACCUGUUGUAGAUUAUAUAAAUCAAAGCAAAUGCCAGACCCAAGAAGAAACAAAUGCAGACAUAGAGAAUGAUUCCAGCUGUAAUGUAAAAUCAGCUUGCAUAGAUGGAGCUCUGGCUGAUAUUGAUAUGAUAAAUAAAGAAGUUGCUGGUGGUCAUAAAGAAGAUUUAUCUGUAGGAAAACAGAGUGUAGAUAAAGAAGAUAAUGCUAUUCAGUUUGCUGUAACUACAACUACAAUGAAAGAAGGUACUGAGGAAACAUGCACUAGGAGUAAAGAGGGUAAAAAUUGCAAACAACUGCAUGAAGAAAUUCACAGUAUUGUGCCAGAUAUUGAGGAGGUUGGUUGUCUUGAAUCACAGAAGACUGAAUUCAUUGAACAAAAUGAGCCUGAGAAUGAAGAAAUAAUUGUAGAAGAAUAUCAUGAAGCCUUAGAUGUUGAUGCAGCUUCUUUUGGAGAAUUUAAAACUUCUGAAAAGAGAGAUGAUCUGAAUAAUAAAGAUAAUGAAAAGAUCAAAGCCAGUUUAUUAAAUGAAAUUGGAUCUGAGGCUUUUGUGGAAGAAAGUGACAGUAUUCAGCAACUGAAAGGACAUAAAUCUGAAGAAGUCAAAUCUGUGCAGAUGGAUUUCUCUGUUUCUGAAACAACAAAGUCACCAUGUGGACAGCUGGAAGAGGAAAGUAAAUUAUUGGAUGAAAUCAGUUCAGUACAAAUAGCUGAUUAUACACCCAAACAGUUGGAAAACCUGGAGAGUGCUAUGAAUGAAAAUCAAGAGGAAACAGAAAGGUAUAAUAAGAAGGGAAAAGGUAAAUCUCGGGAAGACUGCAUUAUAUCAUAAACUCAGGAACUGGAUCAUUGUUCCACAUCAUUAACCUUGUAUCUGCUAAAGAACAAAAAUACAUCUUUAAUUUUUAAAAAGGCAACAUUUGAAAGAAGUUCUACUAUUGAAUUAAUGUCAUUCUAAAUAAUGCAAAGUAGUCAAUAAUGUAUGCAUAUGGAGGCUACCUUUUUUUGUCAAGUUUCUUGACAAGCUUAAUUAUACUCUAACCAAAGCUAUUAUCCUAAUUCCCAAUUAGCUGCUUUUUAAUACUCCAUCAAAUACAGUAUUCGUUCUCUAAGAAUUUUAAUGAAUGCUAGGAUUGGAAAAUUCUUGGCAAUGAUUAGGAUGCUUGCUAGCUUUUUGAUAAAAUGUCACUAGUCUGAUACAUUUAUAUUUGAUUUCAAGUUAUUAUAUGGAACUUUAGCUUCAAUACUGUUACACUUUCUGAACAAAAAGACAAGGUCAAGCUGAAUGAAUAACAAUAAUGACAUUAUGACAAUUGUUACAGAAGUAGUAAGUUUUUGCUGUGUAUAUUUCACUCACUUCAAAUUAAUACAAUUUCUGUUGCAAAGAUAUACACAUAAAGCACUACUACUUAUAGUAAGAAAUCAUUUACUAAGAAGCAUAUAGAUUUCAGUAACAUCCAAUUCAGUCUUUUCUUACAAAAUUAAGCUCUUAUUGGUUUAAAUCAGUGGAUUAAACUUAAUGUCUCUGCAAUUGAUACAUAAAUGACACGCUAUUGAUCCAAUUUAGUAUUUAUAGUUUUGUCUCUCUUCCUCUGUCUCUUUCACUGUAAUCUAUGUAGGUUUAUGUAUGAUAAAAACUUUCAGUUUGCUUUAUAUUUAGCCUUUGUAUUAAGUAAUAUUAACUGCAAAUUGUAAUCUAUUUACUUAAAAAAACCUAUCAUUUGUUCUCUGCAUUGUCUUACAAAGAAAUAAAUAUUGAAUGUUGAAUGCAAACCAAUAUUUUCUUAUAUUGGGAAGUCUACCCCUUUGCUGGAAUAAGAGCAGUCUUGAUUGUCUCUGUAAUAAUUAUCUCUAUUUAAAUCACAAAAUGAAAGAUAAUAGCUACUGCAGUUUUAUGAUAAAACUAUUUAACACACUG